AUGUCCAUCCCCAAAGUACUUGUGACUGCUUUCGAUAAUUUCCGCCAGUUCCCUGAAACUUCCCACCUAUGCUGCCCAAAGAUUUCCGACGAAGAUGACGAGAUCUAUGACGAUCCGGAUGCGCCAAGCAAAAUCAGCGCUGCCGAGAAGAAGGAUAGGAUCGAGCAAGGCAAGCAUAAGUUGAUCCAGACAUACACAUGUUCAUUGGUACUAGGGUUGGCCGAGGACUCGGCAGGGGAUCUAGGCCAGGAAUUCGGGAUACGAACCAACAAUUUCCUGAGGCUCUGCCCAACUUGUGUGCGCAAUUGGCACAAGGGACGAAAGUCCUUUCUUAAGGAUAUUUCUACGGUUUAUGACGACAGUGUCGUGUCCGAGAUGGAAGACCGCCUGAACCAAUUCGACUUUAGCCGCAUCACUCAGGGCCUCGAAGCCGCCGCCGAAUUCAUCAAUGCCCACAAUGGCGUAGCCGGCCAAAAUACUUUCCUCAAGGAGGAGAAAGAGGAGCUCCUUAUAUCUCUCUAUGAAGCUAUUUGCUGCAUGCCGUACUUGAGCUUGCCAGAAAACCGAAAGCAAUUCAAUUAUGUGUUUGAAUCCAUCCAGAAACGAAAGAUCCUUAAGCUGGAUGAGAUCCUACCGACUAUGACCUUCUUUCUCUUCGACGAGAAUGAAAUUCGUAAUAGAUUUGCCGUCCACACAUUCUCUCGACAACCUUCUAUUACCGCCGAGGACUUUGAGUGGGCAAUUCACGACAACUUGGUGAAUGCAAUUUUAAGAGCAAAUGAUACCAAUGCAUCUCCCCAAUUCCUGCUUCGAUUCUGGCAAGGCUUUCUUUAUAUCCUCGACGUCCUCGAUGAGAAUCUUGUAUUCCAUUCUCUGCGAGCAAUGUCCGUCCAGCCGAACAUAUACGAUUUAAUGCUGGCCCAAAUGCCUCGGAUUACAUCGGUUUCGGUCUUAAAAGUACUGCUGAAGGCCUUCUGUUCUCUGAUACGAAAGUCACCUAAAGCAUUUUGGGAUGCAUAUAGUCAUUAUUCCCAUACGGCUGUUGCUGAACAGAUACUGGGGAGCCCUGCCUUCAAAUCACUGCUCACCCAAUCUGGGGAGCAUGAUUUGGUGUUGGAAGGUCCUGCGGCUAUUUCUUGGGUAAAGCCUUUCGUAGAAUCAAUUCCUACGCAUCAGAAGAGCGAUGCUUGUGAUUCCCUUUUGCAUCAUUUUCUCCAGAGGUAUGCCCAGGAUCCUAAUAUGACGCCCGGAGGCAAGCUGGCUUGUACUCUCGCGGCGGUUGAAGCUCUAUCUUCUACUUUGGAAGCAUUCGUCUCGCCAAGCUACAAGUUGCAUGCAGGCUCUUCCACCAUUCACACGAAUACGGCCUUAAACCUAACGUUAAAGUAUAAAGAUCUGAUCAUGCAGCUAGCCCAACUUCCCUCUGGUGACCGGCAAAAUGCCGCCAUGUCACAAGUUGGGUUGUCCGUAAUUAGGUUUGCCCUUGCCCUAGAUUCUCGUAUUACCGUCGAAGAGUUCAACGCACUCCAAAAUAGUGAUAGUCAUGUCCAACGGGAGGUCAAACGGAAUUCGUCGGGGAUUUGGGAGGCAUUUUUGGAAAUUCUCCAACCUGGCGCAGAUGACCUGGCCAGAUCAAUGUUAGUUGCCACAGGUCCGUUAAUCGCCGUGGAGAUCUUUCGGCCGCUGAAGAGACAAUCUCUGUCGCCAACUAAAAAGGAAUUUAAUAUCGAGUUUCAGAAGACGGCUGAAGUUAUUGGACGGGCUAUUGAGAGAUUGGCCGACUUCAGUGAAUCCGCGCUUCGAGAUUUUUGUCAAGAUACUUCUAUGAUUUUACCUAUCGUGGCGGCUCUCGUUCACGGAGAAGAGGUCAUAAGCACAGCUGGAGCUUCUUUUAUUAAGACGGUCACUGGCGAGGUAAGAAGAACGGACGCCGUACUCAAAUUGCUUGAAGGCUACUUCGUGCACACCUUAUCUUCUUACACAGCAGUUGUCAACGAUGUCAACGAGAAGAUGUCCCUUUGGUCGCCACAAUUUAAUAUUAUCCGGUAUUCGAGAGAUAUACUUAGCAGUCUCUGCGAUCCCACGUCUGGCAUACUCCGUUCAAAGGAUUUGACUGACACAGAACGCGAAGUCCUUGGCAAUUGGUGGAACUCGCAAUGGAUAUUUCUUGACAACGCCUUCACCCAGACGGAAGACUGGAGCCGAUUGAUUGAUAUGGAGACCAUGAAGAAUUUUUGUCGAGAGGCUAUGGAACUUGCCGAGGCUCUCUUAGCCCAGGAUGGUCUUCUAGCUUCCGCACUGAGCCCUCAGUCUGCCCAUUCCGCUUCAAUCGAUAACAGUGAACAGCCUGAGAAGCAAGCUAUGAGGGAUAUUCUCGAGCAGCCGCGCAAAUAUUGCCUAGGGCUUUGCAAGAUGCUCCGCCUGAAAGAUCUGUACCUUGUUACGGUAAUCGUCAGUGUCGUUGGGAAACUCAUGAAACGACUGGUGGAGUUUGACAUGGAGCUCCCCUCGCUAGCUCUAGCAUUCGUCAAGAACACCUGCAUUAAAAACAAAGAUGGGAGAUAUAAUACUCAGACGAACAUGAAUGAACGCCAACGGGCUGAGUUAGUAAGAGCUUUGGGAGAGGAUACUCAAGAAGAUGACAUCCAGAUUAUUUCAGCUAGGAAGAGUGAGCCUCUUAGACGGCAAACUAAGCUUGAUGCUUGGUCAAAAUCGAGCUCUGAGACUUCGGUGUCAAGUAGUUCUCAAAGGGAGAGGAUACAAGUUAGAUCGAGCAAGGAUGAUAUCCGUGAGCUACUCAAAACCUCUUCUUCAGAUAAGAGCCGGGCUACGUUGGACAUGAUGAGAGCCCGCCAAGCGGAGCGAAAACUCCCAGUCACUGAUGUGGCAGCUAUCCGCGAAAAGCGUCAGAAGGAGGCCGAGGAAAAGAAAAAGAGAAACGCCGAAAUUAUUGCCAGAGCCAAGGCUUUACGAGCUCCUAAACCGCUUGUUGGUGGCGAAGGGUCUGGCCUUCAGGGGCUUUCUGGUGUACACGGCAAAGACCACGCACCUCAGAAAAGCGAGAUUAUGGUCAACUCUUCCUCGGAAGAUGAGGAGGAUUCGGAUGACGAUGCCGAAUUUUUAGCCCGGUCUGCUGCAGGGCAGAAAACGUCCAAGAGUGGGCAAUUUGUGAAACCUAAUGUCCGCCUGCCGGUGAAGAAGGUAAAGAUUCAACGUUCUGCAAAGGAUAUGCGGGCGCGAUUAAUCCCUCCGAUGGACGUGCUACAUCAGGCUAUCCUCGAAUGGGACAUCUUCCAUGAAGGCAAUGACCCUCCGAAUGGCAUAAAGUGCUCUCAGGUCUCCGACUCAUAUGAAGAUCCGCGGAAAUAUAAAGAAACAUUCUUACCGCUUCUCAUCAACGAAGCUUGGAGAUCUUUUGUAACGGCCAAGGACGAAGCAACCUCGAAACCUUUCGGCAUCAAGGUUGUCAAUCGGAUGAACGUUGACAAAUUUGUCGAAGUCAGCACAGCCAUGCCCAUAAACGAAAAUAAGGACAGAUUCUUAGCAGAAGGGGAUAUCAUAUUAUUUUCACAUGCCUCGAACCCGUUAGAAGCAACAGAUGAGCUACAUUGCCUUGCACGAAUCUGGCGUGUUCAAUUUAAAAACGGCAAUUUGGAAGUACAAUUCCGUUUGAGCGGCCGGGCGGGUCCUAUAUUAUCUACCAUGAUGCCUCAGGCCGAACUUUACGCUGUUAAGAUUACUAACAUGACCACGAUUGAACGUGAAUAUGCUUCUCUGGAAAGUCUUCAGUAUUAUGAUUUGAUGCCAGAAGUGCUAGAUGCCAAGCCUUCACCUAUGCUCAAAUUUGGCCAGGAUGCUAUUGACCAGGUCAUGCAGAACUAUCAACUGAAUCCCGGCCAGGCAAAGGCAAUUCUUAAUGCCAAAGAGAACGAUGCAUUUACACUUGUCCAAGGUCCACCAGGAACAGGUAAAACGAAAACAAUAGUAGCAAUGGUAGGUGCCCUUUUGACGGGCAACUUCUCUACGACCAGCGGCACGGCUAUCAAACGACCCGGAGGGGUUAAUUCAACAGGUAAUAAAGGGAUGGCGAAAAAGUUGCUAGUCUGUGCCCCAAGUAACGCUGCCGUCGACGAAUUGGUUUUACGUCUCAAGAAUGGUGUUAAAUCCACUACUGGCUCAUUCCAUAAGAUUAAUAUCUUGCGUCUGGGUCGUAGUGAUGCCAUAAAUGCGGCCGUAAGAGAUGUCACUCUGGAUGAGAUGGUCAAAGCUCGGGUGGAGGGCGCUGCAAAUCAGAAUAAUGGGCCUAGUUCACGGGAUUUGAUGCACCAAGAAGCCGGACAGAUCAAGUCGGAGCUGGCUGAGCUACGGCCGCAGCUAGAGGCCGCGAGGGUUGUCGGAGACCGCACGCAGAUUAAUCAAUUACAGCGAAAAUUCGAUGAGCUAAAGCGUCGCCAGGGUCAAAUUGGUGCAAAAAUCGACGCCGACAAGGAUAGCGGAAACACAGCUGCGAGAGAGAGCGAAAUCCGACGGCGCCAAAUUCAGCAGGAGAUUCUUGACUCGGCUCAAGUUCUGUGCGCAACGCUCAGCGGUAGCGGACAUGAAAUGUUCAAGAAUCUACAGGUCGAGUUCGAGACAGUGAUCAUUGAUGAAGCGGCUCAGUGCGUCGAACUGAGCGCGUUAAUUCCCUUGAAAUACGGCUGUUCCAAAUGCAUCCUCGUCGGAGACCCCAAACAACUUCCGCCAACAGUGUUGUCACAAUCUGCUGCACGAUACGGAUAUGAUCAAAGUCUUUUCGUUCGUAUGCAGCGCAAUCAUCCUGAGGAUGUUCAUCUACUCGAUACGCAAUACCGUAUGCACCCAGAAAUCAGUCUAUUCCCCAGUCAAGAGUUCUAUGAGCGACGUCUCAUAGACGGUGAUGAUAUGAAGAAACUACGAUACCAACCGUGGCACCAGAGUGCAUUGUUAGGUCCAUACCGUUUCUUCGACGUGAAGGGUAUCCAAGAGAAGGGUCGUAAAGGUCAAUCGCUUGUCAACUUAGAAGAGCUCAAAGUUGCUAUGCAGUUAUAUGACAGGUUAAUAGCGGAUUAUUCAACAAUCGAUUUCAAGGGGAAAAUUGGAAUCAUCACGCCUUACAAGGCUCAAUUAUUUGAGCUCCGUGAACGGUUCUGUCGCCGAUACGGAGAAAAGGUCAAAGAGCAAAUCGAGUUCAACACCACUGAUGCUUUCCAGGGUCGGGAGUGUGAGAUUAUCAUCUUCUCGUGUGUUCGGGCCAGCCCUACAGGUGGUAUUGGUUUCAUGACGGAUAUCCGACGUAUGAACGUUGGUCUGACCCGUGCAAAAUCGUCACUUUUUAUCUUAGGAGACUCAAGAGCUCUAGUUCAGGGAGAGUUCUGGAACAAGCUUAUUGUAGAUGCCAAGGCUCGAGAUCGUUAUACUGCCGGCGAUGUUCUUUCUUUGCUUAGGAAGCCUGGAGUCCAGUUACCCCCUCCUAACUUUGAUAUCCCACCCGCACCGAUACUAUCAGACCCCCGUCCCCAAUCCAGCGAUUCUUAUGGUUCCGGGGAGGCGCCAGUUGAGGGUUCGAAUUCCACUUCAGGGAAAUAUACGCAAGAUAAUGAUCAAGAUGUAAUCAUGGAAGAUGCCGCACCUUCCAAUCGAUCAUCUAAGAAGAAACACCAAACACCCCAGCUGCCACAGACCUAUACUGUUAUCGAGCGACAAGGACAAGGUGGUCCGGUAGAUAAUUCAGCGCAAACAGGAUAUGGCGGGCUUAACGAGCGCGGUGAGAGCGCUACUGUCAUUCGUUCUUCUGAACGUCCUAUAAUACACCAGUCCGGUCAAAAACGACCCAGAGAUAAUAGUGAAGACGGCAAAACACCGAAGAGGGUUGCCAGCGAAACUAAACCAAGAGCUCCACCAAGUGCUCCUCGAGCAAUGCCACAACCGCAGGAUCCAUCGGCAAUGGCCGUGCUGGGUAUUCCCCCUAAACACCCUUCGACAACGCGUAAUCCCCCUCCUGGACCCCCGAAUGCUCAUAAGGGUCCAUCUGGUUCUGUACCACCCAAACCGCUUCCACCAAGGAGAAAACCGACUUCUUCCGAUCCAUUCAUCAAGCGUAAACCUAAUAGACCUCGAUAA